GGUGUACAAGAACACCGAGGAGCUGAGGACAAGGAUUGCUUCGGGCAUCAUCGCUCCCCUCGGGACCCCCGUAGAAAAAGCCAAAAAGGAUCCUGAGGUUGAGAAGAAGGAUCCUGACUUGCACCGGGAUUACGACCCCCUCAGGGUCCCUCCCCGGCAGCCGGCAGGCAUGAGGGCACCGUCCCGGCCUUCCCCCUUGAGCCCCUUCGCUGUCGGUGGGGAAGACCUGGACCCUUUUGGAGGUCGGAGUGGGGGAAUGAUUGUGGAUCCUCUCCGGUCUGGCUUCGCGCAGCCCGGCAUUGACCCAUCGUCAGGCAUUCCAGGCCGGCUUCCCCCAGGAGCAGUUCCACCAGGCGCCAGAUUCGACCCUUUCGGGCCGCUGGGAGCUGGUCGCUCGGGGCCAGAUCCCGACCACCUUCCCCCUCCAGGCUAUGACGACAUGUUCAUGUGA